ACCGAGUGUUUAACAAAAUAUCGCUUGUUAACUUAACUUUAAUCAGCCUUUUUACAAUCUUAUCGUGACUAAUUUUUUAUAUCAUUAUUUUAUCCCAUUUAAAUGCCUGAAUAUUUUUUUGUUUUUAAAUAAUACAGCCUCGCGGUAAAACCAGGCACCGAGGCUAGUUCUAUCACUAAAGAUUUCAUUCGACACAUUAGAAUUCUUUAAUGAAAUGAAAUGAAAUAAAAUUUAUUACUUAGAAAUCAAUUCCACUUCACAGCCUUCUAAUCCUAUAAAACAAGAAUCAGGUGGCAGCAAUGUCAAGAUGCAGAACAACAACCAGACAACUAAGACAUUCAUGUUUUGGAUUCCCAAAGGAAACCCCGAAACCAAACAUAUUACACCACGCAAGAACCCCUCUAUCUACAUCUUUAUCGUCAUCGUACCAAAUGGGAAACACACUCCUGGUGGCUUAUCUAACCAAGACCCUCUCCGAGUCGGGCACUCGUAGUCUGGACCCAGAUUCAAUUCCUCUAUCAGAAUCUCUGGUUCUCCAAAUCCUACGGAGGAACUCUCUUGACAGCUCUACGAAAAUGGAGUUUUUCAAAUGGUGUUCUCUCCGGCAUAUUUACAAACACUCGGUGAGCACAUACUCUGAAAUGUUUUCCACUUUGUGCCGUUCUGGGUACCUUGAAGAAGUUCCUAAUUUGCUAAAUUCAAUGAAGAAUGAUGGUGUUGUUGUUGGGUCCGAGACAUUUAAGUUGUUGCUUGAUGCAUUUAUUCGAUCUGGGAAGUUUGACUCUUCCCUUGACAUUCUUGAUCACAUGGAGGAAUUAGGAUCUAACCCGAACCCCCAUAUGUAUGAUUCUAUUAUCGUUGCACUUGCUAAGAAAAACCAGGUGGGUUUAGCAUUGUCUAUAAUGUUUAAGCUUCUAGAAGCUUCUAAUGGUAAUGAAGAGAAUGCUGUUGGUGUUUCACUUCCGGGCUCCGUUGCAUGCAACGCGUUGUUGGUUGCGCUUCGAAAUGGAGAAAUGAAAGCAGAAUUCAAGACUGUUUUUGCUAAAUUGAGGGGGGAAAGGGGGUUCGAGUUGAAUACAUGGGGUUAUAACAUCUGCAUUCAUGCAUUUGGUUGUUGGGGUGAUCUGACUACUUCUUUGAGGCUUUUUAAAGAGAUGAAGGAAAAGAGUUUGGCUUCUGGGUCACUGGAUCCUGAUUUGUGCACCUAUAAAAGCCUGAUUCAUGUUCUAUGCUUGGCUGGGAAGGUGAAGGACGCAGUGAUUGUGUAUGAGGAAUUAAAGGUGUCUGGUCAUGAGCCUGAUGCCUUUACUUAUCGAAUACUUAUACAAGGGUGCUGUAAAUCUUAUCAAAUGGAAGAUGCAACAAAGAUUUUUAGUGAAAUGCAGUACAAUGGGUUCCUACCAGAUACCGUAGUGUACAAUUCUCUUUUAGAUGGGAUGUUCAAGGCAAGGAAAGUUAUGGAAGCAUGCCAGUUGUUCGAGAAGAUGGUUCAGGAUGGAGUGAGGGCCUCAUGUUGGACGUACAAUAUUCUGAUUGAUGGGUUGUGCAAGAAUGGCAGGGCUGAAGCUGGUUACAAUUUAUUUUGUCGUUUGAAGAAGAAGGGUCAAUUUGUGGAUGCUGUUACCUACAGCAUUGUUGUGUUGCUACUUUGUAGGAAAGGUCAUCUUGAGGAAGCACUGCACUUAGUGGAAGAAAUGGAGGAAAGAGGCUUUGUUGUUGACCUAAUUACUAUAACAUCGCUCUUGAUUGCAUUUCAUAAACAAGGUAGGUGGGAUUGCACAGAGAGUUUGAUGAAGCACAUAAGGGAUGUUAAUCUAUUACCAAAUGUUCUCAAAUGGAGGGCAGAUAUGGAGGCUUCAUUGAAAAAUCCACCUAGAAGUAGAGAGGAUUAUACUCCAUUGUUUCCAUCUACUGGUGGCCUCCAGGAAAUUAUGAGUUCAAUAAGUUCCCCUAAGUCAAGGUCAGAUGAUGGUGCGACUGAGGAUGAGAAGAGUUCGUCUGCUGACACUGAUCAGUGGUCAUCAUCUCCGCACAUGGAUCAUUUGGCCAAUCAAGCGAAAUCCACUGACCUUUCUUCUCAGCUAUUUUCGCUGGCUAGGGGCCAGAGAGUUCAAGCUAAAGGGGCAGGCUCUUUUGAUAUUGAUAUGGUGAAUACGUUCUUGUCUAUAUUUUUGGCCAAGGGAAAGCUGAGCUUAGCCUGCAAGUUGUUUGAGAUAUUCACUGAUAUGGGCGUGGACCCUUUGAGUUACACGUACAAUUCUAUCAUGAGUUCUUUUGUGAAGAAGGGUUAUUUCAAUAGGGCAUGGGAUGUUUUUAAUGAAAUGGGUGAAAAGGUUUGCCCACCAGACAUCGCAACAUACAAUUUGGUGAUUCAAGGGUUGGGGAAAAUGGGGAGAGCAGAUCUAGCCAGCUCCGUUCUAGAUAAGCUACUGAAGCAAGGUGGUUACCUUGACAUUGUUAUGUAUAACACCCUGAUUGAUGCACUGGGAAAGGCUGGUAGGAUUGAUGAAGCUAACAAUCUUUUUGAACAGAUGAAGACUAGUGGAUUAAAUCCUGAUGUGGUUACUUAUAAUAUUAUGAUUGAAGUUCAUAGCAAGACAGGUCGGUUGAAAGACGCAUAUAAAUUCUUAAAAAUGAUGUUGGACGCAGGCUGCUUGCCAAACCAUGUCACAGACACGACUUUGGACUUUCUAGCAAAAGAGAUUGAAAAGCUAAGGUACCAAAAGGCAUCAAUUAUGCGCCAAAAAGAUGAUUCUCCUUGAAACAAAUUUUUCCUCACGAGAAUGGUUCAAGGAUCAUAAGAAUUAGUUGUGCUGGCAAGUGAAUGAUUCUCUCAAGAACUCCUUCCAGAUAAUAUUGAAGCGAGCAUUUGUACCAUACCUGGGUUGAAUCAGGCUCCAUCUAGAGCCAUGAACUAGUUGUUCAAGUCAAUGUCUCGCCACUCUGUUGCUGAUAUUGACCAGCAGAAUGCUGAAUGGAACAGACUGGAACGCCAGAUAGCCAUCUGUACAAUGAAAAUCGCACUGACAAAUCUUCCAGUUAAGCAUCUAAUGCACUGAACAAGUCGCUCUACAAUGCUGAAGAGACAGAGAGGGACUGCCCACCAUGCACGGUAGCAAGAUCCAAGUAGCAAUAGAACUAUAAGAGCCAAUACCAGACACCUGCACAUAUGGAAAAUUGACCAAUCGUUCAAGAGAUUUACUACUCGUGAUUAUCUGUUGAGUUAGCCUUAAUAGAUCGGAGAUCUCUGGAACUUAUUGCUCUCUACUCUUCUUUCAGUGGUCUAUGCAUAACGUACUCCAAAACAAUCAUCAGGAAAGAGGCCAAUAUGAAGCAUGGACCGGCAGCGUGCAUCCUAAAUCUCCAAUCCUGCAUGGUGAAGCCAGCAGGUAAUGUAAUAAGCAUUGAGCAGUAUUGGAUCGUAAUGAUCUUGAUUUAUCCCUUUAAUGUCAUGUGCACCAGAAGGCAAUAUGUUUCUCUGUAACUAACUGUCGCUGAUACUUAUUUUCGUUUUGUUUGAGAUCAAAAUAACAGGACAGUUUUGCAUGCUUCAUUUGGUAGAUAUGAGUUUACUAUUGUUUAUGCUGGAGAGUGAAAGAAUUGGGAGUUUAUUGAA